CAUCAGUUGCGCUGAGUGAGCCGAGCUGAGAGAGAUGCGCGUUCACUGAGCCGGGGGAAGGAGGACCGCUGCUUCGCCUUUCCCUCCACCGCGCCUCACUUAUAAUAACCUCCCCAUCACCAGCAUCAGCAUCAGCAUCCCACCGCCCCGGGCACACGACCAUUAAAUACAAAAAAAAGACACUGCGCUUUCUUUCUCUCUGGAUGGGAUCUUGCUCUGGAUUAUUAUAAUUUGCUGUAUUUAGACGAAAUAAAAAAGGCUGCGUCCGUCCGGGGAUCGUCUCUCUCUUCACGAAAAAAGUUCUGUCAGAGGUGUGUCCGAAGCUGGAGACCAGACCAUGGGGCACGGCACCGGACCGACGAUGAAGGUUAUGUGCUUUAAUCCAGGAAGUCGCCUCAAAGAGAGAUCUCACGACGCAGCUCUGAAUCACUGACACAGCACGCUAAGGAUCGCCUUCAUCUUAGCACUUUAACCUUUCCCACGUUGUGUGUGUGUGUGUGUGUGUGUGUGUGUGGAAAUUGGAUAUUUUUUCCCCCCCAUAUGUAUCUCUGCAUACGCUCGGCUGAGAAGAUUCAAUUCCGUCCAUUAUCAACACGAGAGCUGCCUCGAGAAUAGAAAAUACAAAAAAAUAAAAAAUAAAACGGAUUGCAAUCUCCGCUUGACUGUAAAAUUAUCAAUGUGGAAUAUAACGUUCAGCAGAUAAAUCCGGGGAGCGCAGCCAUAAUCAGAUGUUAUUAUCACUUUGAGGAUCUAUCCCCAGUUCUAACCCUCUCUGGUGCAUCUUGUUAUUCUCUACAAUGAAUCCCAACGGCCUCACUGGGCAUGUCCUCCUGCUGCUAAGUACCGUCCUGGGCCUGAGCGUAGGCUUGGAGUUUACUGGCUCUGAAGGUCAGUGGGCUCGCUACCUGCGCUGGGACGCCAGCUCCAGAAGUGACCUGACAUUUCAGUUCAAGACCUCAGAAUCGGAGGGCCUGGUGCUCUACUUCGACGACGGCGGAUACUGCGACUUCCUGCUCCUCAUGGUAUCACAGGGCAAGCUGCAGCUGCGCAUCAGCAUCGACUGCGCCGAAACCACCAUCACCUCCGACAAGAUGGUCAACGACAGCCGCUGGCACUUCGGCGCCAUCAAUCGGCAUGAUUUGCGGACUGGCUUGGCGGUGGAUGGCCAGACCAAGACGGAGGAGGUGCGACCCCAGCGGAGGUUCAUGAAGAUCGUCAGUGACCUCUUCCUCGGAGGGCUCCCGGCAGACAUCCGCACAUCUGCCAUCACCCUGCCCUCCGUUCGUGAGCUGCCACCAUUCAAGGGAAUUAUCACAGACCUCAGUUAUGGAAGUAAGCUGCCCACGCUCAUCAAUAGUCAGAAAGUACGCUUGGAGAUGAUGGGCCUUUGCACAGAGAACCCCUGUGAGAAUGGCGGGAUCUGCUCGCUGGCAGAUGGAGAAACCUACUGUGACUGCUCCAAAACUGGAUAUGUAGGUCGAUACUGCACAGAAGCGGUCCAGAGAAAACCAGGCCUCGCACACCUGAAGGCAGAGCAAGGUAGAAACAAAGCGAGGGAGGAGAACGUGGCAACCUUCCGCGGCUCGGAGUACUUCUGCUACGACCUGUCACAGAACCCCAUCCAGAGCAGCAGCGACGAGAUCACGCUGUCCUUCAAGACCUGGCAGCGCAACGGCCUCCUCCUCCACACGGGGAAGUCCGCCGACUAUGUCAACCUGGCGCUAAAAGAUGGGGCCGUCUCCCUCGUCAUCAAUCUGGGCUCCGGGGCCUUUGAGGCCAUCGUGGAGCCGGUCAAUGGAAAAUUCAAUGACAACGCCUGGCACGACAUCAAAGUGACACGCAACCUGAGACAGCAAUCAGGCAUUGGACACGCUAUGGUGACUAUCUCCGUUGAUGGGAUCCUCACCACUACUGGCUACACCCAGGAAGACUAUACAAUGCUGGGCUCCGAUGAUUUUUUCUACGUGGGCGGGAGCCCCAGCACUGCGGACCUGCCCGGAUCUCCAGUUAGCAACAAUUUCAUGGGCUGCCUCAGAGAGGUGGUGUACAAGAACAACGACAUCCGCCUGGAGCUGUCCCGCCUCGCCCGCAUCGUGGACCCCAAGAUGAAGCUCCAAGGCGACGUGGUCUUCAAGUGUGAAAAUGUUCCCACCCUCGACCCCAUCAACUUCGAGACCCCGGACUCCUACCUGGCCUUGCCGAAGUGGAACACUAAGCGCGUGGGCUCCAUCUCCUUUGACUUCCGAACCUCUGAACCCAACGGGUUGAUACUCUUCACCCACGGCAAACCCCAGGACCGGCGGGACCCGAAGGGCCAGAAGAACAACAAGGUGGACUUCUUUGCAGUGGAGCUGCUGGAUGGAGGGCUGUACCUGCUGCUGGACAUGGGCUCCGGCACCAUCAAGGUCAAGGCCACGCAGGCAAAGGUCAAUGAUGGCGCCUGGCACCACGUGGACAUCCAGAGAGACGGUCGCUCAGGCAUCAUCUCAGUAAACAGCCGCCGUACCCCCUUCACAGCCAGCGGGGAAAAUGAGAUCUUGGACCUGGAGGGAGACCUUUAUCUGGGGGGUCUGCCCGACAACCGGGUGGGCCUGGUGCUCCCCACGGAGCUCUGGACCGCCAUGCUCAACUACGGCUACGUGGGCUGCGUGCGGGAUCUGUUCAUCGACGGACGCAGCAAGGACAUCCGGCAGAUAGCUCAGUCCCAGAAUAUGACCGGCAUCAAGUCGUCGUGUAGCAAAGUGACGGGGAAACAGUGCGACAGCAACCCCUGCAAGAACAACGGAGCGUGUAAGGAGGGCUGGAACCGCUUCAUCUGCGACUGUACUGGAACCGGCUUCUGGGACAGCACCUGCGAGAGAGAGUCGUCCAUCCUGUCGUUCGACGGCAGCAUGUACAUGAAAGUCGUGAUCCCGAACGUCAUGCACACGGAGGCCGAGGACGUCUCCCUCCGCUUCAUGUCCCAGCGGGCGUUCGGCCUGCUCAUGGCCGCCACGUCCCGCGAGUCUGCCGACACGCUGAGGCUGGAGCUGGACAGCGGGAGAGUCAAACUGACUGUCAACUUAGACUGUGUCAGGAUAAACUGUAACACCAGCAAGGGCCCUGAGGUUCUUUAUGCCGGACAAAAGCUCAACGACAAUGAGUGGCACUCGGUACGAGUGGUCCGCCGCGGUAAAAACUUCAAACUCACUGUGGAUGACGACAUGGCUGAAGGUCAGAUGGCGGGCGACCACACCCGUCUGGAGUUCAACAACGUGGAGACAGGCAUCUUGACCGAGAGGCGCUUUGUCUCCUCUGCUCCGUCCUCCUUCAUCGGGCAUCUUCAGAGCCUCAAAUUCAACGGCAUGCAGUACAUCGACAUGUGCAAGAACGGAGACAUCGACUUCUGCGAGCUCAACGCCCGCUUCGGCAUGCGCUUCAUCAUCGCCGAUCCCGUGACCUUCAAGACCAAGGGCAGCUACCUGGGCCUGGCCACUCUGCAGGCCUACACAACGAUGCACCUCUUCUUCCAGUUCAAAACCACGUCGCCCGACGGAUUCGUCAUCUUCAACAGCGGAGACGGGAACGACUUCAUUGCCGUCGAGCUGGUCAAAGGCUUCAUCCACUACGUGUUUGACCUGGGCAACGGGCCGAGUCUGUUGAAGGGGAACAGCGACAACCCGCUGAACGAUAACCAGUGGCAUAACGUGGUCAUCACGCGGGACGCUUCCAAUACGCACACGCUCAAGGUGGACUCAAAGUCGGUCACACAGAAUGUCAACGGAGCCAAGAACCUCGACCUCAAAGGUGACCUGUUUAUCGGAGGUCUCGGACCCAACAUGUACCAGAACCUCCCUAAGCUGGUCGUUUCUCGGGAGGGCUUCCAGGGCUGCUUGGCCUCCGUCGACCUCAACGGCCGCCUGCCAAACCUCAUCAACGACGCGCUUUUCCGCAGCGGGCAGAUUGAGCGUGGCUGUGAAGUUGGUUUCACCAAAGCCGACCUGCAAGGCCCGAGCACGACCUGCCAGGAGGACUCUUGUGCCAACAUGGGUGUGUGUAUCCAGCAGUGGGAGAACUUCACCUGCGACUGCUCCAUGACAUCGUACACGGGGACUCACUGCAACGACCCUGGCACCACAUACAUCUUUGGUAAAGGAGGAGGUCUGAUCACAUACACCUGGCCCAACAACGAGAGGCCGAGCACGCGGACGGACCGGCUGGCAGUGGGCUUCAGCACCACUAUCAAGGACGGCAUCCUGGUCCGUAUCGACAGCGCCCCGCGUCUGGGAGACUACAUCAUGCUCCAUAUCGAGCAAGGCAAAGUGGGCGUAACAUUCAACAUCGGGACGGUGGACAUCAGCGUUAAGGAGAUGACCACAGCGGUAAACGAUGGCAAAUACCACUUGGUCCGAUUCACCAGGAACGGAGGCAACGCCACGUUGCAGGUGGACAACUGGCCAGUGAAUGAACACUUUCCCACAGGCAACAGCGACAUUGAGCGCUAUCAAAUGGCAAAUAAGAAAAUCCCGUUCAAAUAUACCCGGCCAGUAGAAGAUUGGCUUCAGGAGAAAGGCCGGCAGCUGACAAUCUUCAACACCCAGGCUACUAUCUCCAUCGGCGGGAACGACCGGAAGCGACCCUACCAGGGCCAGCUCUCCGGUCUCUACUACAACGGCCUCAAAGUCCUCAACAUGGCCGCGGAGGGCCACAUCAACAUCAAGGUGAACGGCAGCGUGCGGCUGGUGGGCGACGUGCCUACCAGCCGGGGCGCAGCGCGCACCACCACCUCGGUGCCGCCGGAGAUGUCCACCACCUUCAUCGAGACCACCACCACGCUCUCCACCACGACCACACGCAAACAGCGCUCGCCACCAACUAUUCAGACGACGGAUGACAUUGUAUCGUCGGCGGAGUGCUCCAGCGACGAUGAGGACCUGGAGGAGUGCGACUCCGGACAUGCAGGAGGGGAGCUAGUCAUCCCCGUGCUAGUCGAGGACCCCAUAGACAUCCCUUCUGUAUCCACCCGUUCUCCCUUCAUCCCCCUCCCCCCAACCCUCCGCCCCGUCCUCACCAUUAUUGAGACCACCAAAGAAUCCUUGGCCAUGGCCACUGAGGCGGGGGUACCUUGCUUGUCGGACCGAGGCAGCGAUGAUUGUGAUGAUGGUGAUGGUGGUGAUGAUGGUGAUGAUGAUGAUGAUGAUGGCAUGGUGAUUUCGGGGUUUGGCUCUGGCGAAGCUUUCGACUCUAGCCUGCCCCCGACUGACGAUGAAGAUUUUUACACCACCUUCUCCCUGGUAACAGAUAAGAUCUUGACCACAUCGGCCUAUGAAGGUGGCUACAAAGCCCUCGCGCCCAAGUGGGAGGCCAAGGACUUGAGGCCUAGCAAAGCCUCUGAGGCAGGUAGGACUACACCCACCUCGCCUCUGCCCGACCCCCGGGGCACGCCGCCGGCGGCGGUCCCCUCGGACACGCCACCCAAGCUGCCCGCCGGGAAAAUGAACAACCGCGAGGUAAAACCCCCGCAGCCGGACAUAGUCCUGCUGCCCCUGCCCACGUCCUUUGAUCUGGACGGCACCAAGCCAAGGGGCCCUUUCAUCACCUCGCCCAUGCUGCGCACCGUGCCCGCCGCCUUGCCCACGGUGCCCGGCGUGGUGCGACGGGUGCCCCCGGGGGCCUCGGAGGUGAUCCGGGAAUCCAGCAGUACCACGGGCAUGGUGGUGGGCAUUGUCUCAGCCGCCGCCCUCUGCAUCCUCAUCCUCCUCUACGCCAUGUACAAGUACAGGAACAGGGACGAGGGUUCCUACCAGGUGGACGAGACUCGCAACUACAUCAGCAACUCGGCGCAAACCAAUGGCGCUGUGGUGAAGGAUAAAGCACCCAGCGGCAGCGCCAAAGGCAGCGCCAGUAGCAAGAGACCGAAAGACAAGGACAAGGAAUAUUAUGUAUAGAAAUCAAGUCAUUUCCCAACACAUAGAAAAAUAAACUGUUUGGAACAAAGUUAUAAACAUUUUGACAGUACCAUAUUGGCAACUGUGAUUUAAAAAGGAUAAAAUCUCUUGAGAACUCAAACCUUACUGAGUCACUGAAACAUUUACAAAAGAACCUUGGCUUACGGAAGCACACUUACUAUUGUAAGCAUUACGAGAGACAAUGCAGUACAACUUCACCGGGACUCAGUGUGGAUCUUUUUAAGGAGUCCCUGCCGGAGACAUUCGGCAGUGUGAAUAACAUCGCUCCACGCGACCCCAAGUGACUGUCGAGAGGUGUGUGAUCCUUGGAGUUCUAACGACCUUGUCCAUUGUAACCCUGUAAAAUACGAUCACUGUCAUUUCGGCCAUUCUGAGCAUGCAUGUGAGGUGUAUGUGACGUGGUGCUGGCAUCUGUGUAAGUGAGGGACCUCAAGAAACUAUGAUUGUCGGGAAAGUUGGAAGUCAAAACGUGAUUUCACAUUACAAGCGGUUUCAUUCAAUGUAGCUUUCAUGGACGCGAUCCGAGCUAAAAGUAUAUGUGUACUUCAAGCUGUCUUUUUAUUUUCUAUUCUGUUGUUUUUUAAUUUAUUCGUUUAGUAAGUUAUUCAUUUAUUGAAUUUUUAGGGGGUUUUUUUUUGUUUUGUUUUGUUUUGAAGGAUGAUGUCCAGUCAGGGUUGACUAGGCAGCGCUCAGUGACGCUCAGCAGGAUGUGAUGCUGUAAUGUAUCUCAAUAUUUCUCUCUCCCUCCCUCAACGUCUCAGCUAAGGAUUGGACUGCUACACAUGGCAUCCAAAGUCUAGAUUGGUGUUCAAGCGUGGAUCCACCAGGCAAAAAAAAAAAAGAAAGAAAAGAAAUGCACAACCACAUUGUUAUCUCUCUGAAUUUUAAAUCUCUGAUAGCAUUUUUUUUUUUUCUUUUCGGUCAUUUCAUUUCUUCCUUUUUCCCGUUCGUCCAGGGUUUCGUUUCAUUAUUACACUUCCUGAGAUGCUGUGGCAAAAAAAAAAAAGAAAAUGCAUUAUCAUAAUUUGUGCCGUGAUUUAUUCGUCACGAUCUUAAAACACACAAAAAAAGAGAGAGAGAAAGAAGAUCCAGGCUCAAGAUUUAGUCCAGUGUGAACAAGUGUGAUUCUAUCUGUUGUCACAGACGACUGUGUCAAAAACAGCAAAUAUGUUUACAUAUUUUAUUACAUCAUAGCCGUUGUGCUUUGCAGGUCAAUAUUGUACAGAAAACUCAAGUUUCUGUUGGUUUUGUUAACUCCUCUUGUUGUAUAGACGAACCAUCCUCAUUUGAUUUUACUGCUGUAGCAAAAAAAAAUAUAUAUAUAUAUCAUUUUUAUGUUUUUGCCAGGAACUUUUGCCUGGAGACAAAAAAUAAAAAAAUGAUGUGCACAGGAACAUUUGUCUAGGCGGGGAGCAACUGUUGUUAGAUUAGACGUCUAGUCUUUCUGGACGGUGUUUCUCUUCAGUCGCAUGAAUAUUUGACCAUGGGAAGCUUCAAUCAAGUAGAAAAACACCUCCCUCAGAUCUUGUACUAGGGACUCCUCCUUAUUCUGAACUUACUUUCAUCAUGUUCUUUAUUUUAUUUUAUUGGAAAUUUAAAAAACAGGACAAGAGAAUAAAGGCAGAUUAUGAUGGAUUUGGAGAUCUGUUGCUAGCACCUUACUGACUUACAGGUGUUUUAUUUUGUUUUCUUCUUCUUCAGUUUUUUUUUUUUUUUUUCGAAGAGAAAACUGACGUUAAUGUUCUCGUCUGCUCGUCUUUUUGCAUUUUUUUUUCUCUUUUUUUUUGUUAUCGUGUAUCUUAAUUUCAUGUCUCAUUUUUACGACAUUCUCUGACGGCAAUAUGUUGUCUCUUUUUUUUAUGUCAUUAUUUAUUGCUGAAGUUAUUUGUUCACAUUCAUUUUCAUGCAGAAUCAGUCAGUGUGUAUGUUCACUUUGAUUUUUUGUGUUGGUACUUGGCUUUUUUGACCAGUUUAUUAUUGUCUUAUGCUCCUUUGACUCCAAACAAAUUCCCAGAAAUAAAAAAAAAUGUUGUUCCCAA